UCCCCCUCCAUCGCCCAGAACGAAAAUGGCGCCUCGCAGAUUGGCCGCUAGCCGCCUCUGCGGCGUCUGCGCCCUCUUCCUCCUCCUGUCGUCCUCCGGCGCCUCCACCUUGGAUUCCAUCUGCACCAUCCCCUCCCAUCCUCCCAAGCGCCGCCAGUCCGGCAAGGACGACGCCCUCGUGCUCCUCAACUCGUUCCAGCUCAACUUCGGCUACUUCUUUGGCGGCGAAGGCAUCCACUUUGCUGAAGACGGCAACGCAUCCUACGUGAUCCGCUCCUUCUCCCUGUUCCCUCACAGCGUCGACCGCACCGCCGACGACAGCCUCCUCCACGUCGCUGCCACCUUAACCCUUUCCGGCGGCCGCGCCCGCAGCUACUUGCCAUCCCAUCAUGGACGACGGCGCCGCUAUCGCUACGUGGGCGACCACCAUGUCCGCUUCUACCUCGACGGCUACUACUCCUACGCCUCCGACGAGCUCUGCAUGACUGGCACAGGCACCUACUCUUCCGAUGGAGGCUCCAUCGAACACCUUGAGGAUGUCGUCCUCAAGCUCCGGAUCCCGAGCCCAUCCAACCUCUCGGACCCCUUCGUCACCGGCCGCCUCAAGGGCGCCAGCUUCGAGGCCAUCUCCCUCGUCGCGUACGCCGAGGGCUUUUACCAGUACGGUGAGAGCGCCUCCUGCCCGACGCUGCAGCCGUCUUCUCCGGCGAGGGGCGCGUUCCAGGCGCUCGGCGCCAACUUCUCGUGCGCGCACCUCAAAGAACAUCUCGAUACAUCUUACAAGCUGCAGUACGGCGGCGGCGGCACACACGCGCCGGCGCUGAUGGGGCUGCAUGGGCGGCAGCGCCUGCACGUCGGCCAGGUCCAGUGCACCGCGGACGGCGAGGUGCGUGCGUACGCGGUGCUCUACAACAAGACAGAGAUGCGGGGGCAGCUGCAGCCACACUCACCCUUCAUGUUCGAGGAGGAGGUGUUCGUCGCCGAAGGGCGGUGGUACUCAGAUCGGAGCAUGCUCUGCCUCACGGCGUGCCGUGUGGAGCGCUCAGCAGAGACGUCCCUGUCAGUGAAGGAGUGCGGCGUCGGCAUGAGCUUCUGGUUCCCGGACGCCUGGACUAUCCGGGACCGGAGCGUCGUCGCCGGCAGGAUCUGGAAUACCUCGAGUGAAGCGGCCGGCGGCGGUUCCGGCGAUGUGAUAUCGGUGUCGAGCAUCGACGUCCACAACCAUAGAAGCAACUUCUCAGACGUGAGGUACAACUACACGAUGGUCGAGGAAGCGAAGAAGUACUACCUCAACGACCCCGUACUGAGUGACCCCAAGAAGACGGAGAAGGUUAUGGGGUCGUCGUUCGUGGCCCCAAACUACACCGACCAUGACUUCGCUUUCCAUUUCUACGAGGCUAAGGACUCGGUGGGGAGCGGACGCGCCUACCCGGUUACGAUCGGCUCGGCGGUGGUCUACGGCGAUCAGCUCGCCGCCGACGAUUCCUUCUCCCAGCACGCCGUGGUUGACAUGAAGCAGCAGCAGAAUGGUGAGCUGGUGAACGUCAGCUACGACAUACGCCAGCACGUCCCACCUGCGGGCUGGGUGCGUCCCAAGAACAACUCGUACUCGGUCAUCCUUGAAGAGCGCCGGAUCACGGCGGAGGGUGUCUUCCAUCCCAGGACGGGCGUCCUGUGCAUGAUCGCCUGCCGGGAGCACGACAGCUCGACGACGGACUGCCAGAUACUGAUAACCGUUCACUUCGCCUCCAUGGACGGGGAGGCGCAGCAGCAGGGCCGUGGGAAGGGCGCGAUCAGUAGCCUGAGGAACAAGACGACGGACCCUCUCUUCUUCGAGAAGAUCGAGAUCGUCCUGUACGGGAUGUACAGCGGCCAGGUGUCCGAGUCGGUCUCGAGGAUGGACCUGGAGAGCAUCAUGCUGGUGGUCUCCACGACGCUGCCGUGCAUCUUCGCCGUCCUGCAGAUCCUCCACGUCAAGAGGAGGCCCGAGGCCGCCGCCGGGACGUCGAUUACCAUGCUCGUCGUCCUGUCGCUGGGGCACGUCGCCCCUCUGGUGGUCGGUUCCGAGGCUCUGUUCCUGAGCAGGACGAGGCAGUACGUGGCGACGCCGUUCCGGAGCUACGUGCCGUACGAGCUGAGCCAGGCGAUGAUGAGGGCGCCCACCCUGAUCGCCCUGCUGCUGCAGCUGCGCCUCAUCCAGCUGGCCUGGUCCGCGCGGAAGAAGACGGCGGACGAUGCCGGCCGGAGCACGGCCGAGGCGGCGUCGCCGGCCGCCGCCGAGAGGCGUGCGCUCUGGCUGUGCGUGCCGGUGUACCUCGCCGGCGGGGCUCUGACCAUCGUCGCCCACGCGAUGAGCGCCGUCCGCGCCGCGCGGGAGGAGGGGUCCCUCACCGUCCGCCUCGGCCCGGAGCCGGCGACGCUGUGGGAGGACCUCGUGUCGUCCGCGGGGCUGACUCUCGACGCGUUCCUGCUCCCGCAGGUCGCCAUGAACGCGUUCGCCGCGUCGGCCGCCGGCGCCUGCAGGGUCCGGGCCCUCUCGCCGUGGUUCUACGCCGGCGGCACCGUGGUCCGGGCGCUGCCGCACGUGUACGACGUGGUCAGGGCCCGGGGCUACGUGCCGAGCCUGAGGCCGUCCUACGUCUACGCGAGCCCCCGCUACGACCGCUUCGGCGUCGGCUGGGACGUCGCCGUGCCGUGCGCGGCGGCGCUGCUGGCCGUGCUGCUCUUCCUGCAGCAGCGGGUCCGUCCGGCGGCGGAGCCGCCUCUGUUCCCUUCGCGGAGGAGGUUGGGCGAGUACGAGAUGGUCUCUCAUCUUUAGCUGGAGGCUUUGCUCCACAGUCCCUGCUGCAGGUCAGGAGGGACGACCGGCCGGCCGGUCUCGUGUGUCUGUUCCAACCAUCGUCUUCGUCGUCGUCGUCGUCGUCGUCGUUACCACGGCGGCACGGCUCGUCUCUCUGUCGCACCCGUAUCUUGUCAUGAAUCUGCGCCGGCCAGUGGAGCACUGGUCGCGAUGGCGCGUCAGAGAAUGUAUAUUUUAUUUU